GCAUCAGAGUUAUGUGAUCGUUUGCACACUCGGAAGUUAGCAUUCACAUAUGACUCAUUGAAAGAAGUCAUAGUUCACACAAAGUAUAAGUGGAAAUGUCGGAUUCAGUUAUGGAUGUAGAUAUGGAACAACGUCUGGAACUAACUGAGUCUCUUCUAAACGGAUCGUUGCGUGAAGACACAUCGAGUAUUCCACUGAAAGAAGAUAUAAAUCUGUCUGUAGUUUCUGCCGUAAGCUGUGUAUUGUCAAUGAUAGGCGCAGUUCUCAUCGUUAUGACCUACAUUUUCAUUCCGUGCAUACGAAAUACGACCAGGAAAAUGGUGACUUGCCUGACCAUUGCCGAUUUCCUCACACCAGCCGGUUACAUGGCUGCCAUUGCCUACUAUAACCCUCACGUGACAAGAAGCGAGUGGCAGACAUUCUGUGUGGUGCAAAGUGCUUUGACGACCUAUUCAAGUCUAGUGUCGUUCAACCUUACGGUGGCGAUUGCGCUGUAUUUGUUCAUAUCAAUCUACAAAGUAAGAAUGUCUGAUCAAAGAUUUAUUACCGUGUCAAACUUGGUGUCCUGGAUCGUGCCUGCCAUCAUUAUCAUCGUAGCGUUGUCCGAUGAGAUGCUAGGGCAAGUCGUUGAUAAUAAGGAACCCAUUGGAACUGGACCUUGGUGUUGGAUAAAAUGGAGCCAAUCCACUCGUAAAAAAUCAUUGAUAUACAUGUUUGUGGCUGGAAAAGGCUGGGAGAUAUUAUGCUACCUUCUGACAGCGUCGUGUUAUGUUCUUCAUAAACUACAGUUGUUUCUUUACCAAAGGUACAGAUCAUUGGCACAGGACAAUCCUAAUUUACGACCAGAUGAUAUAAAAUUCCUCUAUAUCUGGAUAAUAUUGCUUGCACUCCGUAUUUGGGGUACCAUUCGGUUCUUCAUGACAUCAGUGCUUGGCCUAGAAAAAACCGUCUAUGCUUUGCUUUAUCUACAAGCCAUCGGUGACCCUUCUCAAGCCUUCUUCAAUUUCAUUUUGUUCUGUAUAGUGGACACCGAAGUACGUCGAGAGCUCUACUAUGGCAUCUUUUGUGAUGCACCAGAAAAGGCAAAACGACAUGCACUCAAUGAACGAGAUGUGAUCUUAGAAGGCGAUGAAUUGGAAUCCGAACAAACAAAUUUGAUCAGGUCGAACAGGCAGUUAGAUUUUAUUAUUGGUGGAGAUUGGUCGGAUACUGAAACAACAGAAUCGGAUCAAUCGUUGCAGGAAGUUGGUGCCAGCAAUAAAACUUAUGGCGCAGUUAACGAACAUAUGCCUGUAGCGAUACAUUCAAGCAGAACGGACAGCCCGUCUUCCGCGAAAAUACAAAUUUAAACAGUCUUAACUUAAUAAACAAAUAUUGAUUUUCCAAGCUGUGGACAACAAACAUCAAAUAGUGAACGAAAAAACAUAAUCACAAAUACAUUUGGGUUUAUAGUCUUUUCACAUACGUUAAUGUCGCCAUUACUCGAUGCCAUAUAUUUGUGCAAAACAACACCUUAUUCAUUGGAUAAAAUGAGUUGAGAAAAAAAAAGCAUGAAGUGGCUUGAUUUUCCUUCGUUAAGGUUUCGAUUAGGCUUUCAUAAAACAUUUAUCGAUCAAUCAUAUUAUAAUGUACUAUAUUCUUUUAAAUAUUCCAAAUAAAAGAAUAUGACUAGAGUUAUGGCUAACAUGGUAACCGAAAUAAACAUGUUACAAAUCUUUCUUCUCCAAAAUUAAUCGGGCUUGAGGUUAUAUGUAUUGACAUUGUUUAUUGUUUAUUGGGCCUCAAAUUAAGGCGUUAAAAUCAUGGCUGACAGGGAUAAUCACGUCUUUCGAUUGUUAAAAAGUAAUCAUAUUUAUAUGUACAAUGAAUGAUAUUGCUUUAUUUUGAUAACUUCAGUAAUCAUGUUGCAUACUGUGUCAUCGUCUUUAACGUAAAAAUCCUUAACCUUUGAUGCAGCGUAUAUUAGCAAAAUGGAAUGACUUUUUUACAUUUGUACUAUGCAUUUAAAUACAGUGUAAGACACGACACGUACAAUCUAUUUUCGAUUUAAAGUUAGGCGUCCGAUGCUAGUUUCAUUCGAAGCACAGUUUUGUUCAACAUAUCUUAUUUUGAAUAAAUGAAGCAUUCAGUAUGUGUAAUCAUGUGUAAAGGGAUACACUCAUCACGCGAUCGUGUUACCAAAUCUCUACGGAGUAACCACAUGUUAAACAAAACUUUAACAUGACGAAAGAUUAAAUGCGAUAAUACCGGAACUUCAUGAAGUUAAGCGGUGCCUCGGUGAUAUUUAAUAAGUGUCAUGGUAGAUCGUAUGUAGUUUUUUUAAUAUAAAUACACAUAUAUUUACUCAAAUAGUGUCAAUUGCAAUUGGUAUAGUAAAGAUUCAUCAUUAACGUAUAUUGCGCUGUCUUACUGAAAGACCAUUUAAACAAUACAAAAGUGUUUUUUAUCCCGAUACUACGGCGUACAUGUACGUCUUUCUGUUGUUUGCAGUAAGGAUAAAUUAGGGCCAUAUAUUUUGUUCCAUAAACGAAAUUCUUUAAACAUAGUGUUUUGCCUUUCAGCUUAUCUGAUUUACUCGGAGAAUUGAGUUUUAUCUCUCCGCGUUUUGAAAUUUGAUAGAACUAUUUACUUCUGUCUAUGGUAUU